AUGAGCCAGCACCAGGGCCUUGAAUCUCAUGUUGCCAAACCAGAGUCCGAUUACCCACCCUCAGCAGACUACGCUCCCUACCCAAAGCUCGAUCCAAACGACGUCGCCCCGCCCAAGGAGGACUGGACAACAGUUACCAUAAGUUCGCAAACGCCUCACCCCGUGUCGCAAAAUUCGGGUUCUCCGAUCUCUGAAUCUGCGUCAGAAGGUCCGGCUCCGAUUGCCCGCAACUCUGCCACCACUAUGCCUGUUGAGUCCAAUCCAUACAUCUCCUCAUCGCCGGCGCCAGCGUCAUCUAUGAAGAAUAAGAUGGAUUCAGUGAAGGAUGUGCUUGGGAAAUGGGGGAAAAAGGCAGCAGAGGCUACAAAGAAGGCCGAGGAUCUUGCUGGGAAUAUGUGGCAACACUUGAAAAUGGGCCCUAGUUUUGCUGAUGCUGCUGUGGGAAGAAUUGCUCAGGGAACAAAAGUUCUUGCAGAAGGUGGUUAUGAGAAGAUCUUUCAACAAACUUUUGAGACUGUGCCUGAGGAGCAACUUCAGAAGUCAUAUGCAUGCUACCUAUCCACAUCUGCUGGUCCGGUUAUGGGAAUUUUGUAUUUGUCAACAGAAAAACUUGCAUUUUGUAGUGACAGUCCUCUGUCAUACAAAGUGGGUGAGCAGACUGAAUGGAGCUAUUACAAGGUAGUUAUCCCAUUACACCAGCUGAAGGCUGUCAAUACUUCAACUAGCAAAGUCAACCCAGCUGAAAAAUAUGUCCAGAUCAUCUCUGUUGACAACCACGAGUUUUGGUUCAUGGGCUUUGUACACUAUGAUAGUGCUGUGAAAAAUCUUCAAGGAGCAUUGCAGCACCAUUUUUGA